CAGCCGGUUUCAAGGCCUAGGAAGGUGAGUUGUUGGGUAACUCCGCCUUUCCAAGAUUGAAGCCCAGCCCCGAAGGAGGCGAAACAGCUUUAUCCCGGGAAGAAGGUCGGGAUUCAGCUCAACAGGUGUAGGGGCUGCCAUCCUCUCUGACCCCUUGGCACCAAAAUGGCCAGGCCCACUGGAAGAAACCGGAGCGGCAAAGAGAACCUGUCCCGAUGGUGGCUGACACAGCUGCCGCGAGCAGACUCCCCGGAGAAGCCGGCUGGAGCCUGGGGCAUGGCCGCGGUGUGGCAGCAAGUGCUGGCAGUGGAUGCGAGGUACAACGUCUACCGCACCCCCACCUUCCCGCAGUUCCGCACCCAGUACAUCCGCCGGCGCAGCCAGCUCCUGCGAGAGAAUGCCAAGGCCGGCUACGAGCCCACCCUGCGCAAGCAGUACCUGAGGCUGCGGGGCCAGCUCCUGGCCCAGCGCUACGGGCCCCUCUCGGAGCAGAGCAGCUUCCGAGCCUACAGCAACAGCAUCGUCCGCAGCAGCCGCACCACGCUGGACCGCAUGGAGGACUUCGAGGAGGACCCCCGCACCCUGGGCGCCCGCGGGCACCGCCGCUCCGUCAGCCGCGGCUCCUACCAGCUGCAGGCCCAGAUGAACCGGGCCGUCCACGACGACAGGCCCCCGGGCAGCGUGGUGCCCACGUCCGUGGCCGAGGCCAGUCGGGCCAUGGCGGGCGACACCACCCUGAGUGAAAACUACGCCUUCGCGGGCAUGUACCAUAUCUUCGAUCAGCACGUGGAUGAGGCAGUCCCCAAGGUGCAGUUUGCCAACGAUGACAAACACCUGCUGGCCUGCUGCUCGCUGGACGGCAGCAUCUCGGUGUGCCAGCUGGUCCCCACGCCGCCCGUGGUGGUGCGGGUGCUGAAGGGGCACUCGCGGGGGGUGUCGGACUUUGCCUGGUCCCUCUCCAACGACAUCAUCGUCUCCACCUCGCUGGACACGACCAUGCGCAUCUGGGCCACCGAGGACGGCAAGUGCAUCCGGGAGAUCCCGGACCCCGACGGGGCCGAGCUUCUCUGCUGCACCUUCCAGCCCAUCAACAACAACCUGACCGUGGUGGGCAACAGCAAGCACAACCUGCACGUGGUGAACAUCUCGACGGGGAAGAAAGUGAAGGGGGGCUCCAGCAAGCUGACGGGCCGCGUGCUGGCCCUGUCCUUCGACUCCCCCGGCCGCAUCCUGUGGGCCGGGGACGACCGUGGCAGCGUCUUUUCUUUCCUGUUCGACAUGGCCACGGGUAAACUGACCAAGGCCAAGCGGCUUGUGGUGAACGAGGGCAGCUCCAUCACCAGCAUCUCGGCCCGCUCCUGGAUUAGCCGAGAGGCCCGCGACCCCUCCUUGCUCAUCAACGCCUGUGUCGACAAGCUGCUGUUGUACCGGGUGGUGGAUAACGAAGGGACCCUGCAGCUGAAGCGGAGCUUCCAGAUCCAGCAGAGCACGCACCCGAUCCGCAGCAUCUUCUGCCCCCUCAUGUCCUUCCGCCAGGGAGCUUGUGUGGUGACGGGCAGCGAGGACAUGUGCGUCUACUUCUUCGACGUGGAAAGAGCCACCAAAGCCAUCGUCAAUAAGCUCCAAGGCCACAGCGCGGCCGUGCUGGACGUCAGCUUCAACUGUGACGAGAGCCUGCUUGCCUCCAGCGAUGCCAAGGGCAUGGUCAUCGUCUGGCGCCGAGAGCAGAAGUAGGGGCCACCCUCCAGCACGGAACCGGG